UUUGUUUUCAUUGAUUUCAAACAUGGCGUCUGAAGGAGAGGCGGGCAGCGCUGCUACAACCGAACCGGAGACCGGAGACGGGGAUGCUGCAUUUGGGGAACUUCCUACCAGCAUGGACACUGAAUCAUCGAACGGCAAAGAGGGAAUGGAAACGGCUGGCGAGGGCUCUGAGGCUGCUGAUGCUCUGACUGGAUCUGGAGACGAGGAGAGCGGGAGGCAGCUGGGGGAGGUGGAGCUGCAGUGUGCCUUGUGUAUGAAGUGGUUCACUGCAGACACGUUUGGCAUAGACACCGCGACCUGUCUUCCUUUCAUGACCAAUUAUGUGUUUCACUGCAACGUGUGCCAUCACAGCGGCAACACGUACUUCCUCAGAAAACAAGCAAACCUGAAGGAGAUGUGUCUCACAGCGCUGGCAAACCUCACAUGGCGCUCCAGAACACAAGAUGAGCAUCCAAAGACGAUGUUCUCCAAAGACAAGGACAUCAUACCGUUCAUUGACAAGUACUGGGAGUGCAUGACGACUCGUCAGAGGCCCGGGAAGCUCACCUGGCCCAACAACAUUGUGAAGACGAUGAGUAAAGAGCGAGACGUGUUCCUGGUGAAGGAGCACCCCGACCCCGGCAGUAAAGACCCAGAGGAGGAGUACCCCAAGUUUGGCCUGUUGGAUCAGGACCUGGGAAACAUUGGACCUUCGUAUGACACACAGAAACAGACCACUGCUGCUCCCACUGCUGGUGGGCUGAAUGGUGGAUCUUCUUUCUCAGGUGCUCUGGCCCCCGGCCCCGGAAAAGGAAGAGGGGCCAAACGUAAACAGCAGCAGCAGCAGGAGGGCACAGCUGCAGGAGCCACCAAGAGGACCAGAAGCGACCCUCUGUUCUCGGCACAGCGGCUGCCUCCUCACGGUUACCCUCUGGAGCACCCCUUUAAUAAAGACGGCUACCGAUACAUCCUGGCGGAACCGGACCCUCACGCUCCGGACCCGGAGAAGCUGGAGCUGGACUGCUGGGCCGGCAAACCCAUCCCCGGAGAUCUGUACCGGGCGUGUCUGUACGAGCGUGUGCUGCUGGCUCUGCACGACAGAGCUCCGCAGCUGAAGAUCUCUGACGACCGUCUGACUGUGACCGGAGAGAAGGGCUACUCCAUGGUGAGAGCCUCUCACGGGAUCCGUAAAGGCUCCUGGUACUUCGAGGUGACGGUGGAGGAGAUGCCUCCGGACACGGCGGCCAGACUCGGCUGGUCUCAGCCACUCGGUAACCUGCAGGCUCCUCUGGGUUACGACAAGUUCAGCUACUCGUGGCGCAGCAAGAAGGGCACGCGGUUCCACCAGUCGAUAGGGAAGCAUUACUCCUCGGCGUACGGUCAGGGAGACACGCUGGGCUUCUUCAUCGAGCUGCCCGACAACACGGAGACCGCCAAGGCUCUGCCCGACACGUACAAGGACAAGGCGCUAAUUAAGUUUAAGAGCUACCUGUACUUUGAGGAGAAGGACUACGUGGACAAAGCCGAGAAGAGCCUGAAGUCGACGAGCCCCAGCAAGAUGAUUUUCUAUAAAAACGGAGUGAGCCAAGGUGUAGCCUUUGAAAACCUGUUUGAAGGGAUGUACUUCCCGGCCAUCUCACUCUACAAGAGCUGCACGGUGUCCGUUAACUUUGGUCCACAUUUCAAACAUCCUCCGAAGGAAGUCAAGUUCCAGCCGAUGAGCGACAUGGGCUGGGGAGCGGUGACGGAGCACACGCUGGCCGACAUGCUGUACCACGUGGAGACGGACGUGGACGGACGCCGCAGCCCGCCGUGGGAGGGAUGAACGCUGCUCCAGCUCAGUACGCACACACAGUCUAAACACCUUCAGACGGGGAAUAACAAAGCACCACAGGCUGCAGCUCAGAGCUGCUGCUGCUGCUGCUGCUGCUGCUGCUGCUCACUCACACUCUUGCGAUUUUACUUUUGCAAGUUAAAAGCUAAUGAAUCAGCCCUGAAAUGGUUUCCACAGACGGCUCAACAUCAUCGUCGGCAGACAUUCCACUCAACUUAUUUUGGUGCUCUGCUUUAACAUCUGUGUGUUCUGAAGGUGUCGUUCUGCUGUAGAGAUCUCUCCGCAUCACAUCAGCUGAUUCUGCAGCCUUCAGUGUGUUUGGUCCCUUUUUGCUAAUUUUAUU